GGGAUGACAGUAAGUUCCAAUAAAGAUGGCUCAGGAAUGAUAGUCCGUAGUGUCAUCCAUGGAGGCUCAAUAAGUCGCGAUGGACGGAUUGGUGUGGGGGACUGCAUCCUGUCCAUUAAUGAAGAGUCAACCACUAACUUAACCAAUGCACAGGCCCGGGCUAUGCUAAGGAGGCAUUCGCUUAUUGGACCAGAUAUAAAAUCUUCUCCAGCACCUGCUGAUGAUCAGGCCCUCUGUUAUGUUAUUACGUAUGUGCCAGCAGAAAAUUUAGACGAGUACAGGGCCAGUUUGGGACAACAGACAGAAGGAGCUGUGCCACUUGAACUUUUUCCUUCACAUACUGUCAGGGAAAUCCCAGAGCUUCCAGAACGUGAAGAGGGGGAGGGAGAAGAAAGUGAGCUUCAAAAUGCAGCUUUCAGUAACUGGAACCAGCCCAGAAAGGUUGAACUCUGGCGAGAGCCUAGCAAGUCACUGGGUAUCAGCAUUGUUGGAGGACGAGGGAUGGGGAGCCGCCUGAGUAAUGGAGAAAUGAUGAGAGGGAUCUUUAUCAAACACAUCCUGGAAGACAGCCCAGCUGGCAAAAAUGGAACACUGAAAACUGGAGAUCGGAUUGUCGAGGUGGAUGGAAUUGACCUCAGAGAUGCCAGCCAUGAACAAGCUGUGGAAGCCAUACGGAAGGCAGGCAAUCCUGUAGUCUUUAUGGUACAGAGCAUUAUAAGCAGACCAAGGCCAGAGUCUCUUUAUAGCCCUUCUUCAGCUUCUGCUCCCUGUGAGCAGAAAACUACUAACCCAUUUUAUCAUCAGUCAUCUAAGGAUUUCACUGUUUGUAUACGAAAAAACCCUGCCGUGCCUUUCCCACAGAAUGGUGUUUUCUGUAGGCCAGGUGUCUUCAGCAGCACUAAUCCGUUUGCUGAUUUUUCUCAGUUCAACUCUAACAAGGAAGUAUCGAAUCCAAUUAGGGUUACCUUCCGUUAUUCCCCAACUAACCCUUUUGCUCCCACACCAUUCAAGGCAUUUGGUCAGUCUGAUUUAGAGCCAGAAAAGACUUCGCUUUGUAACUUGCAUCUGCCCCCUCCUUCAGCGUUUUCAGGAGUGAGCUGUGAUGUUACACAGUCAUCCUCUAGGGUCCCAGAGGAUGUGGAGAAGGAGGAUGAGUUUGGUUAUAGCUGGAAAAAGAUCGUGCAGCGCUAUGGAAAUCUGCCAGGGGAGCUACACAUGAUUGAGCUGGAAAAAGGAAGGACAGGUCUGGGACUUAGUCUUGCUGGUAACAAAGACCGAUCCAGGAUGAGUGUCUUUAUAGUGGGAAUUGACCCAAAUGGAGCAGCUGGCAAAGAUGGCAGGUUACAGAUUGCAGAUGAGUUACUAGAGAUAAAUGGGCAAAUACUCUAUGGAAGGACUCAUCAGAAUGCUUCCUCAAUAAUCAAAUGUGCACCAUCUAAAGUAAAAAUAAUAUUUAUCAGAAAUAAAGACGCUGUAAAUCAGAUGGCUGUUUGCCCUGCAAAGUCAGUAGAGCCUUCACAGUGUACUUCAGGUACACUUCAACAUCAAGAGAUUGAUACCAGUGCUGCAAACUCCAGUGCUUGUUCUGACUUCAGUUCAUGUAAAAACAUUCAGUAUGUGGAACUCCCUAAGGAUCAAGGAGGCUUUGGAAUUGCCAUUAGUGAAGAAGACACAAUUAAUGGAGUAGUUAUUAAGAGCUUAACAGAUCAUGGUGCAGCAGCAAAGGAUGGACGAAUCAAAGUUGGAGAUCAGAUCCUGGCAGUGGAUGAUGAAAUUGUUGUGGGAUAUCCAGUAGAAAAGUUCAUUAGUCUUCUGAAGACAUCCAAAACUAUGGUGAGGCUUACAAUCAGCUCAGCAGAGACAGAUAGCCUGACUGCAGCACCAGUCCCUUCCAGCACUGCCCCAGAAGAGAGGAGGAAUAUGCAGCCACCAGCAACUGUCCCCUCUUCCAGUUCACCGGAACCAGAAGCAGUCAAAAACACAAGCAGAUCUUCAACUCCAGCCAUGUUAGCCUCUGACCCAGCUACUUGUCCCAUCAUUCCUGGGUGUGAAACAACCAUUGAUAUCUCCAAAGGGCGGACUGGUCUUGGUCUGAGCAUUGUUGGAGGAGCAGACACUUUGCUGGGAGCAAUCAUUAUCCAUGAAGUAUAUGAAGAAGGAGCAGCAUCUAAAGAUGGGAGACUGUGGGCUGGGGAUCAGAUAUUAGAGGUGAAUGGGAUUGACCUUACACAUGAUGAAGCAAUAAAUGUCCUCCGACAGACUCCCCAAAAAGUUCGUCUGACAGUGUACAGAGAUGAGGCCCAGUACAAGGAGGAGGACAUGUAUGAUGUACUCCAUAUAGAGCUCCAGAAGAAGCCUGGCAAAGGCCUUGGGCUGAGUAUUGUUGGGAAAAGGAAUGAUACAGGGGUGUUUGUGUCAGACAUCGUCAAAGGAGGAAUAGCAGACACAGAUGGGAGAUUGAUGCAAGGUGACCAGAUAUUGACAGUAAAUGGAGAAGAUGUUCGAAAUGCUAACCAGGAGGCUGUUGCAGCUUUGCUAAAGUGUUCGUUAGGUACAGUAAGACUAGAGGUCGGAAGACUAAAAGCUGGUCCAUUCCAUUCUGAGAGGAGAACAUCCCAGAGCAGCCAGGUCAGUGAAGGAAGUGGCAGUCUCUCAUCAUUCAGUUUCCCGAUUUCUGGUUCCAGUGCACCUGAGGUCUUUGAAAGUGGUCUAAAGAAGAAUACCACAGGUUUUGAAAUACAGGGACUAAGAACAGUUGAAAUAAAAAAGGGCCCGACAGAUUCACUAGGAGUGAGCAUUGCUGGAGGUGUAGGAAGUCCUCUUGGAGAUGUUCCUAUAUUUAUUGCCAUGAUGCAUCCAAAUGGUGUUGCAGCUCAGACUCAGAAACUCAGGGUUGGGGACAGGAUUGUUAGCAUCUGUGGAACAUCUACUGAGGGCAUGACUCACUCUCAGGCUGUUAGUCUCUUAAAAAAUGCUUCAGGCACUAUUGAGUUACAGGUUGUAGCUGGAGGAGAAGUGAGUGUCGUAACUGGUCAGCAGCAGGAUCCACCUACAUCCAGUCUUUCAUUCACAGGACUAACUUCAACCAGCAUUUUUCAGGAUGAUUUAGGACCACCUCAGUAUAAGACCAUUACUCUGGAUAGAGGACCAGAUGGCCUAGGCUUUAGUAUUGUGGGUGGUUAUGGCAGUCCCCACGGAGACUUACCCAUUUAUGUGAAGACAGUGUUUGCAAAGGGUGCAGCGGCAGAAGAUGGACGCCUGAAGAGGGGGGAUCAAAUAAUUGCUGUGAAUGGGCAGAGUUUAGAAGGGGUGACACAUGAGGAUGCAGUUGCUAUUCUGAAAAGGACAAAAGGAACAGUCACUUUGACUGUUUUGUCAUGAACUGGCUGCCCAAAGGGUUUGGGUCAAUAAGACUAUAUUAUUUACAUUCCACAUAGCAAAGAGAAUGGAAAUGUUUAUAUAGCCUUCUUGCUUUUCCAGCUUCACAGAACUGUGUUACAACACUGAAGAAAAAUAACUUCUAACCGUAUUUUUGUAUACAAUAGAAGUAUUUCUAUUACUGUCAAACCACUGGGAUGGAGUUAUGUCAGCUAUGGAGAGGCAUGGAUAUUUUUCUUAUUAGUAUUGUAAUGAAUGCUUAUAAGC